AGGGCUCCCACGGGCGCCGCUCCGGCCGACGCGCGUCCCCACCGCCACCUGGGCCGCCGGCAGGCAGGCGACGGAGGCCCAGGAGCCAUGGGCGACUGGGGCUUCCUUGAGAAGCUGCUGGACCAGGUCCAGGAGCACUCGACCGUGGUGGGCAAGAUCUGGCUGACGGUCCUUUUCAUCUUCCGCAUCCUCAUCCUGGGCCUGGCUGGCGAGUCAGUGUGGGGCGACGAGCAGUCGGAUUUCGAGUGUAACACGGCCCAGCCAGGCUGCACCAACGUCUGCUACGACCAGGCCUUCCCCAUCUCCCACAUCCGCUACUGGGUGCUGCAGUUCCUCUUCGUCAGCACGCCCACCCUGGUCUACCUGGGCCACGUCAUUUACCUGUCUCGGCGCGAGGAGCGGCUGCGGCAGAAAGAGGGGGAGCUGCGGGCACUGCCGGCCAAGGACCCACGCGUGGAGCGGGCACUGGCAGCCAUAGAGCGACAGAUGGCCAAGAUCUCGGUGGCGGAGGACGGUCACCUGCGGAUCCGCGGGGCGCUGAUGGGCACCUAUGUGGCCAGCGUGCUCUGCAAGAGUGUGCUAGAGGCAGGCUUCCUGUACGGCCAGUGGCGUCUCUAUGGCUGGACCAUGGAGCCUGUGUUCGUGUGCCAGCGCUCACCCUGCCCCUACCUCGUAGACUGCUUUGUCUCACGCCCCACGGAGAAGACUAUCUUCAUCAUCUUCAUGCUGGUGGUUGGACUCAUCUCCCUGGUGCUCAACCUGCUGGAGCUGGCGUACCUGCUGUGCCGCUGCCUCAACCGGGGGAUGAGGGCCCGGCAGAGCCAGGACAUGCCCCCAGCCCAGGGCACCUCCUCGGAGCCUUAUCCUGACCAGGUCUUCUUCUACCUCCCCAUGGGUGAGGGGCCCUCAUCCCCGCCAUGCCCCACCUACAAUGGGCUCUCGUCCAGUGAGCAGAACUGGGCCAACCUGACUACGGAGGAGAGGCUGGCUUCUUCCAGACCCCCCCUCUUCCUGGACCCGCCCCCCCAGAGUGGCCGGAAAUCCCCCAGUCGCCCCAGCAGCUCUGCUUCCAAGAAACAGUAUGUAUAAGAGCCCGGGAAGUCUUGCUGCCUUUAGUGCAAGACUCUGCAGAGAUGACUGGGGCUGGGGAAGCAGGUGCUUGCUGGCCAGCAGGCCUCACUGCAUGUUGUUCUUGAACACCUGGGGCCUUCCUGGUGACCAGAGGGCACCAUAGUUUCCCCUCCAGAAUGUGGCUUUGUCCCAGGCACAGACAGAGGUAGCUUGGGGUGCUCUUGGCCAAGCGUGUUUGGGCCCUGUGGUCUUUUUCACCGUGUUCAAAGGGACUCGGAGACAACUUACUCCACCCCCACCCCCGUGGAAGAUUCACCUCUGCCCAGGUUGUCCACACACCCUGUCCUCACAGAAGAAGGCUGGUCGAGGCUGCUGGGUCAGCCUUGAUCCCACACACAGACAGAGCCUGUGCUAGAUCUGGCCGUGUCAAGGGGACUGGGGUCUUGUUCUCAUCACUCCUUCCUAGUUCUGCUGUUUAUCCUUCUAAAAUAAACAGGACUUGACCACAA